GUCAAGUGAUCAAAUCUAAUAUUUUGGCAAAGAAUCAAGUGCUCUUUUACAGACAUGAAUAACAUGGAUAGUUGUUUAAAACUGGUUCCUCGUAACUGUUACAAUACGUACAGUUCAGUAGUUCUUGCUUUGUUUGUAGCAAUUGGCGUGGUUCUCCUUACAAUCGCGAGUGUUUUCGAGGCGAAAUCAAGUCUGAAAUGUGACCUGAACAAGAGACUCGCGAGCACUAUAUUUAAAGGGAAGUACAUUGAAGCAGGAUGUCUUCUGAAAUACGCAGAACAGUUUCUCCCUUCGUUACCUCUUACUGCUUUCAUUGCAAUAAGUUUUGGACUUGUGGUUGUAUGUAGUGUCGUGUAUGGUUACCUGGUGAAACAUAGAGUCGACAUCUUCACGAAUAAUCCAAGCAUAACGACGAACGAGGGCGUAGAAGAAAGCCAGCCAGUGGCGUAUCAACGUCGUAAUCGUUAUCUUGUAUUCAUGGCUUACGUAAUCCAUUUAAUCGUUUGUCGUAUGAUACCACUGACAAUAUUCUCAGCAUUUCUCUUAACCUCGUCCAAUUUUCCCACCCAUUUUGAAUGUCCUUUGCCCAAUAUGAAAACAACAACUAGUACUUCCCAUGAGAACGUCACAGGGUCAACUACGAAUUCUUCAUUUGUGGACUGCACUUAUUCAAUGGCUGGGAAGAAACAACAAGUUGUUGCCGGCUUCAUCACGAUAAAUUUUCUCGUCGAUGCAGCGACACUCGUUGAGAUUGUUUAUCUAUUGUGGUCGGCAUGGAAGAGACCCACUUUCAAAACUGAUCAGGAAUUCAUUACCUUGUACCUUGAAAAAAAGCAUGCAGAAGCGACCCCUAAUACCUCCAACCCUUACUCCUCUUACUCUCCUAACCAAAAAGCAAACCAGGAAAUCCAUGAGAUAACUCGGGAAACUAACUCUAACUCUCCUAACCAAGAAGUAAACCAGGAAAUCCAUGAGAUAACUCAGAAAACUAACUCUAACUCUCCUAACCAAGAAGCAAACCAGGAAAUCCAUGAGAUAACUCAGGAAACUAACUCUAACUCUCCUAACCAAGAAGCAAACCAGGAAAUCCAUGAGACAACUCAGGAAACUAACUCUAACUCUCCUAACCAAGAAGUAAACAAGGAAAUCAGUGAGAUAACUCAGGAAAACAAGUCUAACUCUCCUAACCAAGAAGCAAACCAGGAAAUCCAUGAGAUGAUUCAGGAAAAUAAAACCAAACGUGUAUUAACUGUGAAUAUCUUAGAAGGAAAACGAAAACUGGAUAAAAUUGAUAUCAAUGUCAUAAUUCAAGUUGGAACAGAAUGUGUCAAUUAUUCAAGAAGGAAAAUUUUGAAAGAUAGACAUGAGAUUGAUGACAUUCAAUUGGAAAAGCCCCCCAGUUCAAAAGUACUUGAGAGUACAGCAGAAUUUUUUCAAGCAGAAAAAGCUGGUAAGAAACCUCCUAGAACUGUUCUUGUAGUUGGCAGACCAGGUAUUGGGAAAACUUUGCUGACUGAAAAAAUCCUUCGGCUUCUUGGGUGGCAAGAAAGUCGACAACAUGAUGAAUUCUGGUAUGAAAAAAUUGAUUGAUUGAUUAAAAUUAAGAUCACAUGGCAGCAGAAACUGAAUUGUGUGACUUAUUACAUGGGUUGGUUACACUAGUAUAGUAAAACUUCUACUAUUAUUAUAUAUACUAGGUUACCUGCAAGGUAGAGAUUGCUGCGAGCAUUUUAGGGUCCAAGUGAAUUGUUAUAUGAAAUGUUAGUAAACUAAAUCCAUUUUAACUAAUAGCAAUAGCAGGUUUAAAAAACGCAAAGUGAACCUCGAUCUAUUGAGCGUUAACUCGCUGGGGGCUGUACAUGAAUUAAUACAUAUUAGCGAAAACACUAUCAAUGACGUCAAUAUUUAGGUCAAUAUAUGCUAUAUCAAUGCUGUCUUGCGAGUUGCAGCUCGUUUAAUCAAAGUCUUUAGAAGCAGCUAGUUUUAAAAAUAUUUUAACAUACGAAUCACAACAGGAGUAUUAACACUAAUAGUAAUAUUAGGUAGAAUUUUGCGCGCGUAGCGACAUUUUCCCCGCAACAAAGCGAAAAUACAGGCCCAGUAGCACAUGUUUAACAAAAUAGAACAUUUUUUGGUAACAUGGAUAUUUGUUUUUUAAAUAUGCUAUUUGUCUUUGUUGUGUCCAUGUAAAUGUUUGACUUCAUGUGAAGAGUAACAAAACAUCACUUAAUACUUUGAACUUUGAACGCGCUCGAGAAGACGUGUAAUCAGAAACCACGUGAAGAUCCGGUGAAAGCACUAAAUAACAAAAACAUUUAGCUCAUUGUAAAAUAGGAAUAAAAACAUAUGCCUAUGCUUACAGUAACCUAAUUUUAAAUAAGUCAAACAUUUCACGAAUCUGAGCGAUUCAGUCAGGCAAUUUAGACGAUCAAUUCAAUUGCAUAUUUUAUCUGCGACUCGCACUUAAAACAUCAUUUGAUGCAAAAUAUGGAAAUCAGCAAAAGAAUACAAAUGUCAAUGGAUAAAAAAGACUUUAAAGCAUCUGUAUGUAAGACUUGAUUUGCUUCACAGCUCUGACAGCUCAACUGCUAAAGUAAAGCGAAUUAGCAAAUUGGAUAGUAUACAUCUUAAUAUUCUAGAAUGAUUUAUAUAGUUCGUAUAUAUACAGCAUGAAUCUAGCUGUGAUCGAUUGUAUGCUUUUAGCGUUUCAUAAAUAUACCAGUUAGAAUUGUAAACAACUGUAAACGUAACAUAUGAACGAAAGAUGAAAAUAUCUUACCUUGAAUAGUCAAAAUAGAACAGAAGCUUUGAAAUUUAACAAAAAUUUGAAGAUCCUGUAUAUGAGCGAGUUUAAAAUGUGUGUUCUACGCAUAAAAAACGCGCACGACCACAAUUCCUUGCGCUAAAUAAAAUUUAGUUCAGAACCCCCUCUCUGCACAAAUUAGACUGCUGCUACGCUCGCUCGCUUCAGGCUCGCUCGCUCCGCAGCAACAAGAGUUCUUGGUUACACUACUAUAUUAAAAGAUCCACUAUAAUUAUAUUUACAAAAUUCCUUAUAUAGGAUGUUUACACUAGUAUAGUAAAUGUUCUGCUAUUAUUAU